UGGCCAAAAAAGAAGAAGAAAAAACCCACAAGCUUCUUCUCAUCACUAUAAGAAGAAAGAGAGAGAGAAACCACCCACACACAGUAGAGAGAGAAGGCAUGCCUUGUCGGCCAUUAGAACUUCAACAAGCCAAAGCAAAAACUUACUUAUCCUUCUUUCCCAUAAAUCAAAAUCCUUAUUGGAAUAUACACUAAUUGAUUCUCAUCACUAUCUCUCUCUCUCUCUCUAUCUUCACUUUUUCUUACCUUUUCUAGUUUCUCUCUUUUAAUUCUUGGGAUUGUGGAGCUUAAAGUUCCUUUUGGGUUUCUGAAUCCUCUUGAUUCCAGAUCAAAACCAUGAUCUUUGUUGAUUCCUAAACAGUAUCUUUUGGUUUCAUUCUAUCAAAUCCCUGAAUUUUUCUUAAGGAAUCGAAAAGAGAAAGUUUUUGCGAUAUUCAAAUUUGUCCCCAAGUGCACAAACUUCAACUGCUUGGUGGUUUCGUCUAUGGAUUCACAUUGGUGCUGAGGAUUGUAAAGUGUUCCUUUUUAUCAAGAAUGAAGUUGAGAGGAACAAUGGUUUGGUGGAUCUCUGAGUUUAAGAGAGGAUCAAAAUCUAUGUUUGGUGGGGUUUUGUUUCUCUUGACACUUAUGGUUUGGACUUCAGAGUCUUUAAACAGUGAUGGUCAGUUUCUUUUGGAGUUGAAGAACAGAGGAUUUCAAGAUUCGUUGAACCGUUUGCAUAACUGGAAUGGUACUGACGAGACGCCGUGUAAUUGGAUAGGUGUGAAUUGCAGUUCAAUGGGCAGUAAUAAUAGUGAUAAUCUGGUGGUGACAUCUCUUGAUUUGAGUUCUAUGAAUCUCUCUGGGAUAUUAAGCCCGAGCAUUGGUGGUUUGGUUAACUUGGUCUAUCUUAAUCUCGCGUAUAACGGGUUAACCGGAGAUAUUCCUCGGGAGAUUGGAAACUGUUCGAAGCUGGAGGUUAUGUUUUUGAACAAUAACCAGUUUGGUGGUUCGAUUCCGGUUGAGAUUAGGAAGUUAUCGCAGUUGAGAAGUUUUAACAUUUGUAAUAACAAGCUUUCGGGUCCUUUGCCAGAAGAGAUUGGUGAUUUAUACAACUUGGAAGAGCUUGUGGCUUAUACUAACAACUUGACCGGUCCAUUGCCUCGUUCUAUAGGAAAUCUCAACAAGUUGAUGACAUUUCGAGCAGGGCAGAACGAUUUCUCUGGGAAUAUACCUGCUGAAAUUGGUAAAUGCCUUAACUUGACGUUGCUCGGUCUUGCGCAGAAUUUCAUUUCUGGAGAGCUUCCUAAGGAAAUUGGGAUGCUUGUUAAACUUCAGGAGGUGAUUCUGUGGCAGAACAAGUUUUCCGGGUCAAUUCCGAAAGAGAUUGGGAAUUUAGCACGUCUUGAGACUUUGGCUUUAUACGAUAACUCAUUGGUUGGACCGAUACCAUCAGAGAUUGGUAACAUGAAGUCCUUGAAGAAGCUCUAUCUUUACCAAAACCAGUUGAAUGGGACAAUCCCAAAGGAGCUUGGAAAGCUUUCCAAAGUAAUGGAAAUCGAUUUCUCGGAGAAUUUGUUGAGUGGUGAGAUUCCGGUUGAGCUAAGCAAGAUCAGUGAGUUGAGGCUAUUGUAUUUGUUUCAGAACAAGUUAACUGGAAUCAUACCAAAUGAGCUCAGUAGGUUGAGGAAUUUGGCGAAACUCGAUCUCUCCAUCAAUUCCUUAACCGGUCCUAUUCCACCGGGUUUCCAGAAUCUUACGUCUAUGCGCCAACUUCAGCUUUUCCACAAUUCCCUCAGCGGUGUAAUCCCUCAAGGUCUUGGUUUGUACAGUCCACUAUGGGUUGUUGAUUUCUCAGAGAACCAACUUUCCGGGAAAAUACCGCCUUUUAUCUGUCAACAAGCUAAUCUCAUUCUGUUGAAUCUCGGGUCUAACCGGAUAUUUGGAAACAUUCCAGCAGGUGUAUUGAGAUGCAAAUCGCUGCUGCAGCUGCGUGUUGUUGGAAACCGACUCACUGGUCAGUUCCCGACCGAGUUAUGCAAGCUUGUCAACCUUUCUGCUAUAGAGUUGGAUCAAAACCGGUUUAGCGGACCGCUACCUCCUGAGAUAGGCACUUGCCAGAAGCUGCAAAGACUUCAUCUUGCAGCUAACCAAUUUUCCUCAAAUAUACCCGAAGAGAUCGGUAAACUCUCCAACCUGGUAACAUUUAACGUUUCCUCAAACUCUCUCACCGGACCAAUCCCCUCUGAAAUAGCUAACUGUAAGAUGCUUCAACGACUUGACUUGAGCCGGAACAGUUUCAUUGGUUCUUUACCUUGCGAGCUUGGAAGUCUUCAUCAGCUCGAGAUCCUCAGACUCUCAGAAAAUAGAUUCUCUGGCAACAUACCGUUUACCAUUGGAAACCUUACGCAUCUAACUGAGCUGCAGAUGGGAGGAAACUUGUUUUCAGGAAGUAUCCCGCCUCAACUCGGUUUACUCUCGAGUCUGCAAAUUGCAAUGAACCUGAGCUACAAUAAUUUCAGUGGUGAAAUACCUCCCGAGCUUGGGAAUCUUUACCUGCUAAUGUACCUAUCUCUGAACAACAACCAUCUGAGUGGCGAAAUCCCAACCACAUUCGAGAACUUAUCCAGUUUACUCGGCUGCAACUUUUCAUACAACAACCUCACUGGACGUCUUCCGCAUACGCAGCUCUUUCAAAACAUGACUCUAACCAGUUUUCUCGGAAACAAAGGACUCUGUGGCGGCCAUUUGAGAAGCUGUGACCCUAACCAGUCCUCUUGGCCCAACCUUUCAUCUCUAAAAGCGGGUUCUGCUCGUCGCGGGAGAAUCAUCAUCAUUGUGUCUUCAGUCAUUGGCGGUAUCUCUCUUUUACUCAUAGCUAUUGUCGUUCAUUUCCUAAGAAAUCCUGUGGAACCAACGGCUCCUUAUGUGCACGACAAGGAGCCCUUUUUUCAAGAAUCCGACAUUUACUUUGUCCCUAAAGAACGAUUCACAGUUAAAGACAUUUUGGAAGCAACAAAAGGCUUCCACGAUAGCUACAUUGUCGGUAAAGGCGCUUGCGGAACCGUUUACAAAGCGGUUAUGCCUUCGGGUAAAACCAUAGCAGUUAAAAAACUCGAAUCCAACAGAGAAGGCAACAACAACAACACGGAUAACAGUUUCCGCGCCGAGAUUCUAACACUAGGCAAAAUCCGUCACAGGAACAUCGUCAGGCUCUACAGUUUCUGUUACCACCAAGGAUCAAACUCAAACCUCUUGCUCUACGAGUACAUGUCUCGGGGAAGCCUUGGCGAGUUACUUCACGGCGGGAAAUCGCAUAGCAUGGAUUGGCCAACUCGGUUUGCUAUCGCACUCGGUGCAGCGGAAGGUCUUGCUUACUUACAUCAUGAUUGUAAACCAAGAAUCAUUCACCGCGACAUCAAAUCUAAUAACAUUCUCCUUGAUGAGAAUUUCGAAGCUCAUGUUGGAGAUUUCGGGUUAGCUAAAGUCAUCGACAUGCCACAAUCAAAAUCCGUCUCAGCCGUCGCUGGAUCCUACGGUUACAUCGCUCCCGAGUAUGCAUACACAAUGAAAGUAACAGAGAAAUGCGAUAUCUACAGCUUCGGAGUUGUACUUCUCGAAUUGUUAACCGGAAAACCUCCGGUUCAGCCGCUUGAGCAAGGCGGCGAUCUUGCCACAUGGACAAGAAAUCAUAUCAGAGAUCAUUCGUUAACAUCUGAAAUCCUCGAUCCUUAUUUAACCAAGGUAGAGGACGAUGUGAUUCUAAAUCACAUGAUCACAGUGACGAAAAUUGCAGUGCUCUGUACGAAAUCUUCGCCGUCGGAUCGACCGACGAUGAGAGAAGUAGUGUUGAUGCUUAUAGAGUCCGGAGAACGUGCUGGGAAAGUAAUUGUGUCCACCACGUGCGGUGAUUUACCUCCACCGGCGCCGCCGUGAAAAAGGGUCUUUUUAACUUAAUUUUUUACUCCGAAAUUGAUUAAUGAAUAGAUUAAUAUGAUUUGUAUAGUCAUCAUAGAAAAAAAAAAAAAGAUUUAUUUGAGGAAAAACAUUCAUAAAAAUCAUUCAUCGUAUAAACUGUGAUUGAAAUAAAAUCAUAAAAUUUUGUUCUUA